GUUAGUACACAGUUUACACUGAGCAAGCAAUCGCUACAGUGUAUCCGCGGCGGUCUAUUCAGUCGGACGUUCUCUCGUCCGAGGCUAUAUUUUACGCGCGCUAUUCGAAAUUAGAAUACAAAGUUUUCUUUUUUAUUCUAACGAAAAAAAAUUAAAAAUUCUAACCUGCCAGUGUUAUUCGAGAACAAUGGGCAGAUGAUUUUGUUUCAUUAAAAAUAAACGUGUUUUUAAAAUUAAGCGGAUUAUUUAUCGUGGACCGUUUUGAGUUUGUAAAGGCUUUUAGACAAAUUUGGUCUGUUUGGCUGUGUUAGUUUUAAGUGUUGACAAAAGCUGCCAUGACCAAUACAUUGAACCUGUUAUUGUUAGUGGGGGCUUCGAUGAGCGUGGCGAUAGGGUACUGGGGUCCGGACCUGCCCCCGGGACCCUACUGCGGGAAGAGGGGCACCCGUCAAUGCUGCAAUGACAGACAAGACAGCUGUUCGCACGAGAUACUUUCGACCUUGUGCUACUGCGACCAGUUCUGCAACCGGUCGAGGGUGCACGACGACUGCUGUCCUGACUACGAGGAGGUCUGCCUGGGGAUAUCCCCACCACCAAACCCGAUAACGAAGCCGUGCCGGUACAAUAACAAGUUCUACCCACCAGGAGAGAAGGUGAAGCAAGGAUGCAAUGAGUGCGAAUGCGUCAUCCAGUCAGACAGACCUGAGGAGGUGCAAUGGAGCUGUGAACAGGACGUGUGCCUGAUCUCCGAGGAUGUUAUCAAUGGCGUGAAUUACGGCAACGAGAAGUGGAGAGCCGCCAACUACAGCGAGUUCUACGGGAAGAAAUUGAAGGAUGGCAUUAAAUAUAAGUUGGGUACAUUCCCGCUGACUGUGGAAACGAAACGUAUGGGCUCUAUCAGAUAUGACAAGAACAUCGUCUAUCCGAAUGAAUUCGAUUGCAGGACCAAGUGGCGUGAUUACAUCUCGCCGGUCAUCGAUCAGGGCUGGUGCGGCUCAGACUGGGCGGUGACCAUCGCUACCGUUGUGUCUGACAGAUUUGCAAUCCAGUCAAACGGCAUGGAGAAAAUACUGCUCAGUCCACAGACACUUCUGUCUUGCAACAGGCGGUACCAGAGGGGAUGUGAUGGAGGCCAUAUUGAUGCUGCGUGGAACUACGUUAGGGAAGAUGGAUUAUUGGACGACAAUUGCUUCCCUUACGAGGCUAAAGUAACGAAAUGUCCAGUGAAACCGAAGAGUGACAAUCUGCCAAUCUUCUGCACACCUUCCGUCCCUGAGAGAACAACCCGCUACAAGGUUGGACCGCCUGGCAAGCUGAAGAAGGAACUGGACAUCAUGUACGAUAUUAUGGAGUCUGGACCCGUGCAUGCUGUAAUGACGGUAUAUCAAGAUUUCUUCCACUAUCGCGACGGUGUAUAUCGCCACACGAGGUAUGGUGAUAACCAGCUGCAAGGUCUGCACAGCGUCAGGAUAGUAGGCUGGGGCGAGAAUAGAGGCGACAAAUAUUGGAUUGUCGCUAACAGCUGGGGCCGGGAAUGGGGUAUAGAUGGAUAUUUCCACAUCGCCCGUGGCGAGAACGAGUCUGGCAUCGAAUCCUUUGUGGUGACUGUACUCAGUGACGUCAUCAACGCCAAGAAAUAACAUACGAGAACACACCUCAUCACACCGCUGUGUGUGACGACCAGAAGGGUGAAGACCAGAAAGGGAUACAUUUUGUUAAAUAGCACAAGGAAUUUUGGUUAAAUGGUCGCGUAUUGUGAAACUGACAAUGUUUUUAUUACUUGCAUAAUUUAAAGACAAUUGUUAGGAUACGAAAAUAAAAUUUUUCUUCGAAAUUUGUAUGACACACAUUUACAUAGCAUUUAAGUGUGCAUUCAGUUUAAAAUACAGUGUAAAGAAAAAAAUUUAGUGUAUAAAUAUUAUUCGUUAAUACAUUAUCGAAGCUUUGAAAUAUUAGAGAUAACAUAGACGUUGGCAGUAUUACGGUAUGCAUCCCGAUAAUUAGGGAAAUGUAGACGAGUAAAUCUCGAUUAUAGCUUAUUUUUUUUUUAAUCGUAGGACUCUAAUAUAGUAUAAAUGACUACCAAUAAUACUUUAUCAUAGAGAACUAAACGAACUUAUAGUUACUUUAAUAUAAAGGAGGUACUUAAUAUAAUUAAUAACGUUACCCCAGUUGAGGUAACGUUGUUAAACAGUACGAAUCCUACACGUAUGACCUGCUUUAUUGUAAGCAUUUAAAUAUUUUACAAAAAGAAAUUUGGAAUUCACCGUCAACAACAUCUAUAUUCGUCUGCAUUUUCCCUAAAUACUUAAAAACUUACGAGCAGUAAGUUUUCGUGUUAUAAAAUUUUAAAAUUACAUAUUUUCAAGUAAUUUCCAUGUGAAAAUGUUUUCCAAAUUUUGUUGUUAUUUGUAUACUUUGAAAAUUACUUGAAAAAAAAAUCGUAUACAUUGCGAUAUAGAUCUUUAAACGUGUUAUUUAAAAUAUUAUGUUUAUUUUUGUAUUCUAAAAUUUCUAUAAAUGUAUUGUUAUUUGGCUUUAAAUUUUUUUUUUUUAUUAAAAAAUUACUCUUAGUAAUCAUCAUUUUGCAAAGAAACAUUUUGUAUUCGAUCCUGUCUCGCAGGUUAUUCCGUUUGUAUGAUCUAACGCAGCGUGUAUGUCGAUGCAUAGUACUAGAGUACGAUCUCCGACCGAUUAGGUAUGUAAGAAAGUAUAUUUUUAUAUUGGACGUAGAAUAUUUAUAAAUCGAAGGAAGUUAUUAUCAUAUCAAUGUUCUAUGUAGUAAUGCUGGAAUUAGUGCCUUAGUUCGUAAAGAUAUUAAGCACUUUAAGUAUACAUUCGACUUAUUUGUACUUAUUUAUUCAAAAUUGCCAAUAAUUGCUUUAUAAUAUCGAGUUAAGUCUGUAAGACUUGUAUUAUAUGAAUAGUAUUGUUAAUUCCAGCAAUAUAUUUAAUAAAUUAAAAGAAAAUUGACAAAAAAAAUGCUUUUAUUUUCUAUAAUAUUAUCGUACAGUAUUGUUUACUGUAUUUUGUGAAUCUUUAACUGCCAUUUAAAGUUUUAGGUUUAACAUCAUUGCUUGUAUGUAUUCUUAAAUGAUUGUACAUAACUUGUUCAACAUGCGUUAACUAUAAUUGUUUAAAAAUGUUUACAAGUAAGAUGUAUUUAAUAUUACUUACAUUAAAUUAAGUGAAAAUGUGAACUUAAAAAACAUAAAAACAACUAGUCUUAGGUGCGACAUAACACAAUUUAGAUUUAAGUAACAUACAAAUAUCUCAUUAUUAAAAUAAUGCUUUUAGAUUAUAGAAAAAAAAAAAAUUGUUUAGUUUAAAUGGAAUGCAAACUGAAAUAGAUAUCACACCAUUGUUAUGACCAAGUUAUAAUUUUCAAAAUAUUUUAUACUCAUAACAUCAAAUAGACGAGUUAAUAUCUUUGUUUCUAAAAUAUCUAAGAAUAAUCUAAAUAGUUAUAAACAGUAACAUUAUUUAUUGUUCAUUAAAACAGUACAUGUAACAAUGUUAAUAAACUUUAAAUAUAAACAUGUUA